AUGCCGGCUUUCGACGACUCCGACUUUGGUGUGCAGGCACCCACCGACGCCAACCAGAUUCGCAAGCAAGCAAGCAACAACGCCAUGGCUGAUGGCAUGGCUGCUUCUCCCGGCAGCAACAUACCAAUUCCAGGUGAUGAUGGACACGGCAGCGCCGUCGAGGUUCCGGCCACGCGGUCCUCUAUCUCAGAGGCGUCCAAAUAUAUGCACAACCUGAGCGUAUCGCCCUCACAGAAGGACAGAAGGGGGUCCCGCAACUCCUUUGGUGCAUCUCUCCCUAUCCCGCGGUCCAAGAGACAAUCGCGGCUUUCUGUCGUCAACCAUGCAGACGGCCGCCCGACACGCCCGGGCAUGCCACCGAUCCAGCCCACUCGGGAGAUUCUGGUAUCCCAGGUCCAGACUAUCGAAGUCCAGAAGGUCAAGGCUGCCAAGAACAUGGCCUUUGCCUUCGAUAUCGACGGUGUCCUCGUCCACGGCGACAGGCUGAUCCCCGAGGGCAAGCGUGCUCUUGACAUUCUCAACGGAGACAACGAGCUCGGCAUCAAGAUCCCACACAUCUUCCUGACUAACGGUAGCGGCAAGCCGGAGAAGCCUCGUUGCGAACAGCUCACCCAAAUCCUGGGAAACCCCGUGAACACGGAGCAAUUCAUCCAGUCUCACACGCCCAUGAGCGCGUUGGCCGAGUACUACAAGACCGUCCUGGUCGUCGGUGGUGUCGGCUACCGGUGCCGUGAGGUCGCCGAGCAGUACGGCUUCAAGGACGUCGUCGUGCCCAACGACAUCAUCGCCUGGGACCCCACCAUCGCCCCUUACCGGGAGUUUACACAGCAGGAGGCGGCCAUGUCUCGGCCGCGCGAUUUCAGUAAGUGCAACAUCGACGCCAUCUUGGUCUUCUCCGACUCGCGCGACUACGCCACCGACAUUCAGAUCAUUAUGGACCUGCUGGUCUCGGAGAACGGCCGCUUCUACACCAAGGCCAAGGAUCCCGUGUCCCAGCGCAUCCCCAUCUACUUUUCGCAGGGCGACCUGCUGUGCCCGACGGAGCACUGGACCCCGCGUCUGUCGCAGGGCGCCUUCCGCAUCGGCCUCGAGGCCAUGUACCGCGCCAUGACGGGCGUCGACCUCGAGCGUGUUGUCUACGGCAAGCCCGAGUUGGCCACGUACAAGUACGCCGACGAGGUCAUGACCUCGUGGAUGGAGCAGCUGCACGGCGAGGAGAAGCUGCCCGAGAACAUCUACAUGGUCGGAGACAACCCGGCCUCGGACAUUAUCGGCGGCAACAUGUACGGGUGGAACACGUGCCUGGUGCGCACCGGUGUCUUCCAGGGCGGCGACAAUGACGAGAACAACCCGGCCAACUUUGGCGUCUUCGCCAACGUCCUCGACGCCGUGCAGGCCGCCCUCAAGAAGCAGCUCGGCGACGACUUCAAGAUGCACUUUGACGAGACCAUCAACCCCGUCCUGCACGGAGGCGAGAACGACAACGCGGCGGUUGUGUAA